CUAGAAUGAUAAUUGGUAAAACAUAUGAGAAUCAAGCUGUGAAUUCGAGUGGUGUUAGAAUUGAUUUUCUCUUACAGCUCAAAAUGGGUAAGGGUAACGUUUUUGAUCGUGGGAAAGUAAUUGAACUUCUGAAAAGGUAUUCUAAAUUUUCUGUAGAGUUGAAAUUGUUGGAUGCAUACUAUAGGAGACUUGUUCUGGAGCUGCUUUAUAAACAUGGGUAUCCAUUUCAAUUGUUGUUUAUGAAUACCAGUGGGUCGAUAUUUUUUGAAACUGCUGACAAUAGUUAUGAGAGUAAGCUAUUUGCUCGAUGGAUAUAUGAUCGAGGUAAAUGUGCAAUUUCUUCUUGGAUUUCUUAUGCGAAGUUGAUUUUUCGAUUACUUCCUAACCUUGGGUAUGAAUCAAAAUUUUGGGUUAUACAUUUACUGGUUCCUGUAUGCGUUGUUCAUCCUACGGAUAUUCAACUUGAUAGUAAGUUGUUUGUUCAAAUGCCAGAGAAAGAUAAAAUUUUGUUCGCUAGAGUAGUUACUAUUCAUAUGGCUAUUCAGUUGUUGGUACAAAUGCUUGAAAUGUGGAGGCCAGUAUUUUUUCGUUUGCAGCUGGAGUGUGGUUUGGGUCAUGUGAUUGCAGUUCAUUCUCUCGGAUUAUUGGUAGUCACUCAGAUUCAUUUAGGGAGUUUUAUCUAUGAGUUUAUUAUAUUCAAUACUGUAAUCAUACUUCACUAUGGGUUCUCAUAUCUGCCACCUUGGGCCUUCUUUCAUGUUGCGCCGUGGUUUUCUAAGUUUCAGGGUAAUUGGUUUGACCAGAUUGAUCGAACUUGUACAUUGGUUAGACAGGUAUCUUCACAGCUGAUUCAGUUUGACAGUUCAACUAGUGAUUUUUCUUAUGAGAAUUUGAUUUUUCUGUUGAUCUUUGGGUACCACUCAUACUUUUUGGCUGUACAAUAUAUUGUUUUUCUAUGUGUUACUGAUGUUGACAUUGUCGAGGAGAGGAAACUGACUAUUACAAUAGCUGCGAGAACUGGAAUUCACUUGGUUGAGAAUGUAGUGGAGAUAUUGAAUUGUGGUGAUGCUCAAACAUUCAUACUUGUUGAAUGGUUGGAGGUUAGUGCAAGUGAACAUGAGCACAAUCAGUGGUUGCCAAAAACUAUGUACGUCUAUAGGAGUAUUUGUUUUAUGUCCUCUGGAUACUUACUUUCUGGUUUUAGUUACUUUUGGGGUUCGGCAUCUCGCGCAAAGGUGGAAAUCUACGUUGUGUUCAAUUGUUUUCUCGACUGUCAAACAACUUGUGCUCGAUAUUAUACACAUUCCAAGUGUGUCGUUGGUAGUCUCGUUGUGAUGGAAAUGUAAAGAAAAUUUUGAUACUCAUCUUGA